AUGGACAUCCCACUGUCGGCGUACAUUGCCGCGGGCAGCUUUACGGUGCCCCUGGACGGCACAGAUGUUGAGGCACCGGACCAGUGGCUGAUGGUCCAGCCGGGGGAUGCCAAGGGCGGCAGUGCUGAAGGUGCGAGCACACUUCCCCAUGACACGUCGCUGGCCCUCUUGAAGCUGCCGGCGCUGGCGCCCAGCGUUCGCCCACUCCUGCACCGGUGGAUCCGGCUUGCCUUUCGGGGCGCAACGACGGCGGAUGGUGCAGCUGCAACGUCUCUCGGCAUCUGUCGCCUCUACGUUCUGCCCGAUGACGCGUACCGCCGGCUGGUGCCACGGUCGGACAUCAAGGUGCGGCGGGACCUGCAACGCCUGCUGAACGGGCUGGACUACGCGGACGCGGGCUGGCGGGGCGUCGCGACGGCGUCACCCCUCCUUGUGCACGAUGCGCGGGUCAGGGUACGGCAGGACGACGACGACGACGACGAUGACAACGGCGGCGGGGCCACGACCCUCCUGCAAAUGUUCAACACGAUCCCGUCGCCGCAGCCACGGGUCGACCUGGUCCACGACGAGUCGUACCAGCGUGUGAUGGAUGCACUGAUGACGAGCCGAGUGCCCGGGCUGAAGGAGACGACGACGUUGUACGGGCACCAGAUGCGGUCGGCGGCGGUGAUGUUGCAGAGGGAGCUGCAGCCAGGGCGCGUAGUGGAUCCGCGGCUGCUGCGGCUGCGAGAGCAGUCUGAGCAACCCGAGCCCGAGCGCAGCGAGGACCAAAAAAACAGCACUUGGUACUACGACGACGUCACUGGCGAGGUAUUGCGAACGGCGCGGCUCUACGACGGCGUGUCGGGCGGCAUCCUGGCCGAGGAGAUGGGCACGGGCAAGACGCUCAUCUGUCUGGCACUGAUUCUGGCGACGCGGGCGUUCCCAGCAGAGCUGCCAGACGUGUACGACCAUCGCGUGAGCGAAGCGAGCGAGGACGACAACAGACGGAAAGGGCCACGGUCGCUGGGCGACAUGGCCGCCACGAUCGUGUCACGCCAGUCGGUGCCGUGGAAGCUGUACUUGGCCGACACGGAGGCCAACGCAGACGAGUUCCGCCACUGCAUCGCAGCCAUCCAGCGCAACCCGGCGAUGUACGUACUGCCACGGUUCAAGGCGACGGCGCGGGACAGUCCGCGGGCGUCGACGUCGUCGUUUUCUUCGUCGUCGUCGACGCCCAUCACGCUGAGCAGCUGCAGCCUGGUGCUGGUCCCUGCCAACCUGGUGCGCCAAUGGGAGGAAGAGAUUGCCAAACACACGCAGGGCCUCAACGUGCUCGUCGUGGCCGGUCAGCGUGCACCGGUCCCGACGACCGAGCAGAUUCUGGAGGCGGACAUCCUGCUGUUCUCGAUCCCCCGCUUCGAGAAGCUCGUGCACGACCGCGAGGUCACGCGUGCCGGCUAUGAGCUGCGCUCCCCGCUGGCCGCCGUCCACUUUAAGCGAGUCAUUGUCGACGAGGGCCACCGUCUGGGCAACGCCAAGAUGGGCCGCAAGAGCAACCUGCUGCUGGUCCUGGACUGCCUGCAGGUGUCGGCGCGGUGGAUCGUCACGGGCACGCCGUCGACCGGCCUGUUUGGCGUGGAGCAGCAGCAGUCGGAUGGCGUCGAAUCCGUGCCCCCCUCGCCGCCCGGGACGCCCGCCACGCCCGCCACGCCCGCCGCGCUGCAAGAGCGCAAAGACCUCGAGCGCAUCGGCGCCAUGGCCAGUCUGUACCUGCGGGUGCGCCCGUGGGCCAACACCAUCCGCGAGGUCGGCGGGCAUACCGCGGCGGGCAUGGCCGUCGGCGACGCCCCCGCCGACUGGGCCGUGUAUGUCAUGCAGCCGCACCACAGCAACCGCAGCAGCGGCGGCCGCCGCGACGGCCUGCGCGCCACCCUCGACUCGCUCAUCAUCCGCCACCGCACGUCCGAGGUGGGGGCGCUCUUGCCGGCCGUGGACGAGCGCGUCGUCGUGCUGGACGGCUCGUACCAGGACCGGCUGUGUCUCAACCUCUUCUCGAUGAUGAUUGUCUUCAACGCCGUCCAGUCGCAGCGCACCGACCAGGACUACUUUUUCCAUCCGCGCCAGCGCGGCGCCCUCCUGCGGCUGCUCAGCAACAUCCGCCAGGCCACCUUCUUUGGCGCCAAUUUCUAUUCGGUCGCCGAGAUCGCCACCGCCCUCGAGACGGCCGAGACGUUUCUGGAGGACCGCAAGGUGCCCAUCGGCGACGCCGACGAGCGGCUGUUGCGGCAGGCCAUUGCCUUUGGCCACGUCGCCGUCGGCAACCGCUUCAAGCGCCUGGCCGACGCCUGCCACGAAGUGCCCAUUUACGUGGCCGACAUGCCGGGCGGGGGGUCCUUUGCCGCGGCGUGGUCCAUUGAUGGCGAGGAACCGAGUGGUGGUGAUGGAGGGGGUGGAGGGCGUGGAGGGGGUGGAGGGGGCCUCCUCACAUGUACGGCGGCACCCAUGGUCCGCGCCCUGCAGCAGUACGUCCGCCCGUGCAUGGACGCGCCGACGUCACUGCGCGCCAUGUUCGACGACGGCCGCUUUGAGCAAAAGGGCCGCGACGUGUUGCGCAAGCAGCAGGAGUCGGCACAGAAGCAGUCAACGGCAAGGGCUGGCGGUGGUGCUGCCAGCAACGGAAGUACGGCUGGCGGCACCACCGUUGCUUCUGCAAAUACGGGGAGCAGCAGCGCCGCACCGGUCAAGGGCGAUCCCACCCUCGCCGGCAACACCAAGCUCGGCGAGGACAACCAUGCGGGCUCGCUCAAGAGACGGUCCACAUCAGGCACGGCCCUGGACCCCAUCGCUGUGGACGGCCAUGCAUCCUCGGCGGACGUGUUUCUCGCGGCGCCCCUGGCCAACACGCGUCUCGUGUCGACGGCGUCGGCCAAGCUGUCGUAUCUGCUGGACGCCAUUGUGCGCCAUCAAGCCGAGGAGCAGAUUAUUGUCUUCUACGACAACGAGAACGUGGCCUUUUACUUGGCCGAGCAUCUGGAGAUUUUGCAGAUCCAGCACCUGAUCUAUGCGCGGGGGAUUACGGCCGAGCGGAGGGCGCAGUACGUGGCGACAUUCAAUGGCGAUGCGGCGGCGGCGACGGCGACCGGCACGGCGGCACCGGCGCCGACGUCCUCGCCGUUCCGCGUUCUCUUGAUGGACCUCUCGCAGGCCGCGUUCGGCCUCGACAUGCGCUCGGCGUCGCGCGUCUACUUUACGUCGCCCGUCCUCAACCCGCAGGUCGAGGCGCAGGCCGUCGGGCGUGUCCGGCGGAUCAGCCAGGGCGCCGCCCGGGGCGGUGGCGCGGGCGCCCACGCCAACGGAGAGAAGCGCGUGCUGCAUGUCGAGACAUUGGUCCUUCGCGACAGCUUGGAGGAGGUGAUUGUCGACCGGCGGCACGCGCUGACGCCGGCGGAGCACCGGCGCAUCAAGACGCUGCUGGACGACGGGCCCAUUUACGAGUGGGUGCGGAAUGCACGGGUCGUGCCGAUGGCCGGGGACGGCAGUGGAGCCAGCACCGGCACGACGAAAACGACGAACACGACGAACACGACAAACAGCGACAUCGCCUACGCGUCCGGUCCGGCCCAGAUGGCCCCUCUGCAGACGCCGCAGUUCUUGUUCGGCCGCGGGUCCGGGCGCGUGGUGCAUCCCGACGAGGGACUCGUGGUGAUGGAGCGGGCGGCCAAAGAGGUCCCGAACCGACCCAAGGUCAACUUCAGCAGCGACAGCGCGCUGUCGACCAACGAGCAGCAUGAAAGCACCGCCAACACCAACGGGGCGCACACCGGCGGGCCGUCGAGCACGACGCCUCACCCCACAGACGGCGACAUCGCCUACGAAACACAUAAGCCAAAGAAGCGCAAACUGCUGCCCAAUGCGCCAGUCAGGUUUGCUUGA